AAUGGAAGUGUAAGAAAAUAAUAUUCCUAAUCUAUAAAAUGUGCCUAUGAUUACUGGCUAACCAGUUUAAUAGGAAAAUCAGUUAAUAUUGAUUAAGGUUAAUGCUGAUAUAGAGACAAAAAAACAUGUGUGCAUUCAUUGGUGUUUAUUUUUUGUUUUAGUUACUAUUUUUGUAUUGACAUCUGUAUUUAUGCCAGACUCAACUAAAUAUGCAUAAAUGGAGAAUCCUUGUUACUAAAAUGAUGAAGAUCCUUUUGGAUAAGGAUCUUGGUUUGAAGAGAACAAAUAAUUAUUGUAAAUUUUUAAUUGAUUUUAAUAGCUGUAAUAAAAGUGGGGCUAAUUAUACAAUUAUUAGAAAAUUAGAUGAAAAAAAUCAAUUUUUAAUUAUUUAUGGAUAAUUUAGUUUUUAUAUACCUUAAGGAUAUUAAAUCUCCUAUAUAAAUUAUACAGCAACAUUAUUUGGAUUAACAAAAGAAUAAAAAGAAACAGGAAAUCUAACUGAACAUUUAAUAGUAAGUAAAAAUCAUUCAAUAACAUCUAAUUGUUAAAAGAAUUUUAAUGAUUUAUCAGAUGAAGAUAAUGAAGAACAUGAAGAUCAUGAAGAUCAUGAUUAAACUAAUGGAAAUAGAUUAUUAUAAAGAGAUGGUAAUCAUAAUCAUAAUCCUCCUCCUCCUUAAAAUGAUUAUUAUGAUGAAUAUGGAAAUUAUGAUCCUUAAAUUUGUGAUUGGAAUGUUUUAGUAUACAUUCCAAUCCUAGAUUAUAAAGAUUACCUUUUUGUUAUAAAUUAUUAAUAAUUUAUGAUUCCAAAUCAAACAAAUCAAGUCAAAUUAUCUUUAUAAGCAAUAACUGUUGAUCCAAGAUAUUCAAAUUCAGUUUUAGCAGUAAGAUAUACUUUUUUUGCAUUUUCAUUAAUAACUCUUGUACUUUUUGGAUUCAGAAUUAAAUAAUUAACUAUUUCAAAUUGGGUCAUUGAAUAAAAGUUUGUUGUAGUAUUGAGCUUUCUUUUACCUUGGUUUAAUGAUCCUCUUUAUGCAGCUACUUUAUUAGCUCCAAAUAGAAUCACUGCUGUAAUUGGAGUUAUAUUUUUCAGUAAUUUCAUUUGUUGUCUCUUUCUUUAUUGGUUAGUACUUUAUCAUAGAAUUGUAGUAGAAAAUGGAAUUAAAGUGAGUGCAUCACUAACUAAACCUAAGGUUAUAGUAUGCAUUCUUUUAUGGCUUUUUUUUGUUGUCUCUUAUUCAAUUUUAGUAAUUUAAUAUUUCAAGGAUCCAACUACUAGUUUUGAUGAUUUACAUCAUAGAGCUUAUAUGGCAUUUAAGGUACUCUCAUUUUUAUUUUCCUUUGCUAUUUUUGUAUAUUUACUAAAAUAUUUGAUUUAAUUUUGUAAAUGUUAUGAAAAUAGAAUAUGGAGAUAUAAGUUGAUUGGAUUAUUUAAUAUAUUUUUCAUGAUGUGUUUAGGAUUAUUUAUCUUAUCUGGAUCUUUUGAAAUCUAUAAUCUAACUGGAACAGAAGUACUUAUUUCUAUUAGCAUAUUAAAUUUAUAUGUCUAUUAUCAAUAAUAUUUAUGGAGUCCUAGUAAAUAGGGAUUGAUAGAAUAGACUACUCAUGAUCAAAAUAUAAUAGUCAGUAAUAGGGAUUAUGAAGAAUUAGAAAUGGAUAAUAUCCAUAUUAAUUAAGAGAAUGUUGUAGAUGAAAAAUUUUAGGUUGAGGAUGACAAGGUUAUGUUGCCUGAAUGA